AUGACAUUCCCGGACCACUGGAGGCACUGCCCCGGUAAAGAGAAUCCGGCGGAUCUCUUGACCAGAGGACUAGGCGUUCAGGAGCUUCGUGGUAACUCUCUUUGGUGGAAAGGGCCGAGUUGGCUCAGUCAAGAACCUUCAGAAUGGCCUGAAUCUUCAGUGUUCUUGGAAGACACGCCUCAACUCGAAGUAAAAGAAGAGACACAUGUGCUGUUGGAGAAAGGCCAAGAAGUUCCAUCAUUGUUCGACACGGGAAGUUACGAGAAUUACCAGAAGGUUCUGAGUAUCACUGCCUGGGUCAUCAGGUUCGCUAACAACGCUCAGAAGAGAAAUGACAAAAUACGAGGUGGAUUAAUCGCGGCAGAGUUGGACAAAGCAGAGCAAUAUUGGAUCAGGCAGAUACAAAACGAAAGGUUUCAGACAGAUAUUAUGCUCCGCGAGAAAAAUACGACGGAGGUUAAUGUAAGACUCGCAGAGUAUCAUCCUUUCUUUGACAAAAACAAAAUCCUGCGGGUCGGAGGACGACUGCAGAGGUUGACGGAAAGUCUCGAUGUGAAACAUCCAGUCCUAUUACCGAACGACCAUGACUUUGUCAAGCUAAUUGUGAUGCACGCUCUUUGUAAGGUUAUGCACGGUUGA